AUGGCUGUGGCAGACCAGCCUUCGGGCUUGAUGGAUAUUGCAAGCUCUCUCACGCAGGAUGAGAUCCCAUUCAAACUCCGAUGCGCCAUCUGCAACAAACUCGCCAUAAACGCCUUUCGCUUGCCAUGCUGUGAUCAGGCUAUCUGCGAGAAUUGCCAGGCGUCACUCCCCGAGACCUGUCCCGUUUGUGCACAUACCCCCAUCUCGCCGGACUUAUGCAAACCGAAUAAAGCGCUUCGGACCACCCUCAAGGCUUUCCUCCGAACGGAGGAGAAGAAGCGCGAAAAGGAGCGACAGUCCGCGACCCCCGCAAUCUCGGCUAGUGUGGCUACGGAUGCGACCCCCGCACCACCACAAGAGACAUCUGCCGCUCCCGAUACCGCUGCUGGUGAACCAGUCGAAGAGACGCUAGAGAACAAACCCCUCGCUACCGAUGCUCUACAUGAGGAACCUGCGACUGCAGUUACCGGCGACGAACCCUCAGGAACUGUGGUUGAGGAUGUGGUGGAAAAGCCACAGGAAUCAUUAGCUGAGAUUCGUGUUGAAACCGAACAAGCUGAAGACGGUCCGGGCGAAACGGUCGAGAAUGCCGUGAUGGCGGAGGGAGACGGCCCCGUCGACGGGAAUACGACCCAGGACUCCCAGUCAGCCCAAGUGACAGAACAACAGGAAAUGGAAGAAGGCCAAGGACCGGCUCAGAUGCUCCCCAACUCGAUGGGGCUGAACAUGGGCCCGGGCGCGUUCCCCAACAUGGCAUGGAAUAACGGCAGCGGCGAUUUCAACCCGAUGGCUCAAUUCAUGGCUAAUGGGAUGUUCAACUUCCAGAACCAGAUGGGCAUGCCUGGUAUGGCGAUGGACCCAAUGGCCGUGAAUCAGGGUAUGUUUGGAGGCUAUGGAAUGAAUAUGAAUGGCAUGAACAGUGGCAUGAAUAUGGGAAUGAAUUUCGACGCUAGUCAAGGGAUGUACGGGGGAUGGGACGGCUCUCAGAACAAUAUGUGGAAUGGAGGCCAAGAUAAAUUCAAUCCAAAUGCUUUCGCAAAUGGUAUGGGCCCGCAGUAUGGGGGCCCUUCUGGAUUUGGCGGAUAUAAUAUGUCUCAACCCAACGGAAUCCAUGCUCAAAUGCAGCAACAACAGUUCCCUAGCCAAGACUUUCAGAACGGGUACUAUGGCGCCGGUUAUGGCAGAGGCAAUUUCCGGGGCCGCGGCCGUGGGUUUGUUCCUGGUGGCCGAGGCCGUGGCGGUUUCGCCGGGCAUAUGCAAGCUAAUUACCUUCCUAAUGCUAACUAUACAGCGUUCAACGCUUCUAAUCCCUCCGAGUUUAACGGAGACAUACCGAUCCAGUCACAGGAAGUCCCGCCUGACGCACCAUCGCAGAAUGACCCCAAUGCCCCACAGAACCGGGACGGCGAUGGGGACGAUGUCCCCGGUGAUGACCAAGUGAACUUGACUCAGGACGCAUCGACAGAAGUGGCGGCUCAAGGGGGAGGAGGUGACAAAGCCACUGAAGUCACGCCUGCAGAGGGGGCCUCCGCCGAAGAACAGCCCGGCGACGAAGAGCCCCAGUUGCGCGGAAUCCCUACGAUCGAUAGUCUCGAGCAGCACAACGCCUAUCCCAUGAUGCCGAACGGUCCUAUGGGUAUGCCGGGCCACAUGAGCAUGGGGUUUGGCAGAGGGUACAUGCGGGGGCCCUAUCCUGGAGGUCGGGGAGGUGGCUUUGGCGGCUCACCGUUCAUGGCAGGAAACAUGCAGCAGGAACCGCGUGGUCAAGGUGUUGAAGGUGCCCCGGCCGCGCCCAGGGCUAUGAGGGAGGGUCUUCCCAAUACCAGUGUGCUUCGACAGCGCAAUUUCUACGGGCAAGGACGGCCUUCCGCUACAUCCUUGAGACCGGACCAGUCCCAGAGUGCAACACCGGCACCACCGCAGGAAGAUGCACAGGCACGGUCCAGAUCGAAAUCGAGGUCGAGGUCCGCUUCGAGAGCUGGUUCUACAUCGAGACCUCGGAGCCGAGCUCCAUCCGCUGCCCGCUCCGAUGCCGACGGCCGUCGUGCCGCACGUCAGCGUUCACCCAUCGCCGAUGAUGCAAAUGGUGAUUCGGAGCGCAGACGCGACAGACCCAGACGACCCCGCCGGGACGACAAAUAUGAUGAGCGACCUGCCGAAGAUGAGCGUCGGUCUCGCUCCCCGUCCCGUGAUUCCAAAAGAUCAUCUCACCGACGGGACAAGGAUCGGGACAGGCGAGACGCACGGCGAUCGCAUCGCUCGCGUCGUCUACGAAGCCGCAGCCGCAGUCGCAGUCGCAGUCGCAGCCCCAACCAGAGCCCCAGCCGCAACGGCGACUCGCACGAUGUCGAUCGUCUCCCCCGAAUCCCCGAGGAACCCGCCUCCCGGUCAGAGAGUCGAGCAUCCGCAUCGAGGAAAGAACGCUCCAGUCGACGCGAAGAAGACCGCGAGCGAGACAGAGACUCCAGACGUCGUGAUCGCGAUCGUGACCGUGCCCGUGAUCGCGACAGAGACAGGGACCGAGACAGGGACCGGGACAGGGACAGGGACAGGGACCGCGCACGCGACCGUGACCGAUACCGCGAGCGCGAGCGCGAGAAAGACCGAGACCGUCGGGACCGGGAUCGCGACCGAAAACGAUCCCGGCGCGAGCGAACCGACUCCCCCGCCGACAGCGAGUAUUCCUCGCAGCACCACUCACGCCGCCUCAAGCGCGACCGUGACGACGACGUCCGCAAUGGCGGCGACCGGGACCGUCCGCGCGACAAGCCGCCCAAGCUCUCCGAGCCGGAGAAGGACCCACACACUCUGGAGCGGGAGGCGCGCAACCGUGAACGCAUGCUCAAGGAGCAGCAGCGCCGCGAGGCGAUGAACGCCGACUCCAAGUCCAGUCGACGGCGCGAAAGCCGUCAGGAGCGGACGCUGGCUGGCGGCCGACGGCUCAGCUACAAGUACGAAGACGAUGAGACGGAUUCGGCGCGUGCGGCGCGGGUGGAGAAAGAACGGGAGGCGAGCCGGUGGGCUUAA